AACAGCUGCGCAGCUGGCAAAAAUUGUUGUUAAACUGUUGUAUUUAUUGUUUACAACGCCAAAAAUGUAGUUAAUUCGUUAUAGUGUAUAGCAAUUAUUAUAUAAACAAUUUAGCAACUUGCAAGGAUCGGAGAAUAGCUGAUUUCGACUGAAGUCAAGCAAUGGAUUCGGAUAAUUCUGGUGCUGGAGCGCUGGCAGAUGAUUCCGGGCUGUUUAGCUGCAGCAGCGAAGCGGACGAUGCAACAAACCAUUCCAUAACAUGGCCAGGCGAACAGGAUCAAAAUCAGGAACAACGGGACUCGCUGUUUCUGGUGACACAGGAACUGCGAAAAUCGCGCAGCGAAGUGGAACGUUUGAGCAAGUCGGAGCAAUGGUAUAAGCAAGAGCUUCAGUCACAAAAACACAAUCGGCUGGAAACGUUGGAGCGUCUCUAUGCCCAAGAACGCAAAUAUAUGCUAGAAAACCAGAGAUUACAACAGGAAUCGCUGAAUUUGCAAGCCAAGUGCGCUACGCUCCAGAGCUCCACAGAGUUGCAGGCAACGGCUGUUUCGACAUCCUUGCCGUUAACAGCUGAUCAGCACGCCAGCCCUGCAGAUGCCUUUGAGGCGGAACAGCAGCAGGCGAGGCUUAUGGACCAGCGCCAAUUAAUCGAUGUGCUGCGCAAGCAAAAGAAAGGAUUACUCGAGGAUAUACAACGGCUGAGUCUGGACAACGAUGACAAGCUGUUGGAUUUGCAGCGUCAGCUGGCCGGCGUGGAAUUGGAGAACAAACAUAUGACGCGGCAGUGUAAACAGCUUCUAGAUGAUCAGCGCGAAUUUGCACACAAGCUGGAACUGAAGGCGACAACGCUGCAAAGUGUGACAGCGGAGCGAGAGCAACUGCGUCAAGUUAUUGCAGAGAUAAACGAAACACUGCAAACUCAGGAGCAGCUGUUAGCGCUGAAGGAAAAAGAAUUUCUGGACUUAAAGCAACAUUAUCAGGAGAAACUGAGCAAUGAAUGCAGCAUCGAUGCCAUGCACAACUAUAGCCUGGCAUUUCACGGCGAGAUCAAUGCCAAGACCAGCGAGAUAGCAACACUAAAACACACACUUCACGACCUUCAAAACGAACUGUUGUUGAUGUCCCAGCUGCAGGCACAGAAUGAGGAACAGCAGCGGCAACUGGAGCAACUGAAUUUUCAGCUUGAGGCACAACAAUUGGAGCAGGCGCUAAAAGACGCUCGCCUGGAGGAUUUGACGACAGAGAAGACAGCACUCGUGGAGCAGCUGCAGGAAACACAACAAACCGUGCACAACUUAGAGCAACAACUAGAUCAAAUACACAAACAGUACGAGGAGACUUGUGCCAAGUGCGAGGGGACCAAAUUGCAACUGGAAGCACAGCAGUGCCAGAAUGAUGAGCAACAGCUGAAGCUAAAGGAUCUGCGAGAACAACUUGAGAUUUAUGUGCAGCAAUGCAGUCAACUAACCAAUGCGCUAGUCCAAACUGAGGAACAACAACAGGAGGACGGGAAGGACAAGUGCACACAAACCAUCAUGGAUAGCUCCGAAUUGGAGCAACGCAUUGCGAGCCUGGAGCAGCAGCUGUUGGCUGUCCGAAAACAAAAGCAACAAACUGUUGCACUGCUGCAGCAAUUGCUCCAGCAACAAAAUGAGAAGAUAAGAAACACCAAUGAAAUGGAGGCCGACUGGAGGCAACUACUUGAAGCGCUUCAGGUUACGCAACAAAUGGAGCAGCAAGUUCAACUGCAGCUACAGCAGAAAUCCGAGGAACUGCAGCAGCUUAACGAGCUAUUUGCCCAGCAAAAUGAACAAUUGCAGCAGUUGCAACUGCUUAGCCAGACACACGAGACCCAAAACACUAAGGAGCUGCAGCAACUGAGGGAAUCACAGGCCACAGAUGCCGCUGCUCUUAGUCAACUGCGGGCACAGGUGCAAACACUGCUCGAGGAACGCGAAAAUGCGCCCAGACAGCGGCACAAAACUCUGUUGCAGAUGCUGGAAAUGGAAACAGGUCGCAAGCUGCAGCAUGUGAAGAAUUGGCCGCAGUUGACCAAAACGAUGCGACAGGAGCUACGUGCAGCAAAAGCUGCAGCGGAGUUGCCUGCGUUGAAAAUGAAACUGGUCAAAACAAGCGAAAAGCACGAGCAGGCGCUGGCCAGGAUUAAGUUUCUGGAGCAAACUCUGGCGGCGGAACGAGCUCGCUUCGAGGCUUCCGAUUCGGGCAAAUCGACAACAAGCUCAACGCCCUUAGAGCCAGCACACGAGGUGGCCAAUCUUAUUGAUGACUACAAAAAGCUCAUUCAACAAACAGCCCAGGAGACGGGACGCCCACGCAACAGUUAUAUACUGGAGCUCAUUGAGCGCAGUCAACGUUGCCAGCCAAACUUGUGCCAACUGAGCGAUGAUCUGGACGCUUGUCGUGAGGAUAUGCUGGAUCUCAAUAAACUUCUGGUCAAUCUGGAGGCCAGUUCAACACGACAACCGCCCAUGCCUUCCCUGAUGGAGGAGCUACGCGCCGUUGCAGAGCAAACUUGAGCUGACAAGAGUCAGCCAUAUCCAUUAAAAUUAGUCAACAUAACUAGUUUAAUUAGUCUCAAUUUAUGUUUGUACUUAAUUUGUGUUUUUUGUUUUGUAUUAUUGUCUAUCUUUUCAAAAGAAACAAUUUAGUUUUGUUAAUUUUGUCAUUUAUUUGUGCAAUUUUGUGAAUGAAUUAAUGUGCUAAGCAUUAGUCUGACCCACCUAACUUCUUCCAGACUAACUAGUCCCACAACUUUAUGUUGAUCCUUUGAAAGCUGCCUCUACAACUAAGUGAACUUCACACUCAAAAGCUA